ACACUACGAAUAUGUGGGGAGAGGUCUCUGUUGUCACUUCAUAGUUGUAAGUUUCUAUUGAAAACAAAGUGUUUUGUAAUCCAGAAUAACAACAGUAAUUGUAAUUGUAGACGUGAUGAAAAUUGUGUUGUUUACCCAUUGAAAGUGCAUUCCAACUGGGCACUGUAUCAUUUUAGAGCAUUUCAUUCAUUUUAUAAAUAAGAAAACGGGAUAAAAAAUUUUGAGUUCAAAGCAGUUCUUCAUCAUCAAUACCAUCAAAAUGUUAAGCGUUAUGGAUAAUUGCUCGUAUGCAACAUUAUCAGCGAUAAAUCAUCACGGAUCUACGCUACCUGAAAUGUCACCCGAUCAACAAAGGCUGUUAAUUGAGAUUCGUAAACGAAAACAGGAAUUACUACUUGAAAUUCAGCAGAUAAAAGAUGAACUGUGCGAAGUGGUAGCCGAGAUGGAAGCGCUUGACUCACAAGACGAUUGCAAACACUCAAACAAAGACAAGCAAAUGUCCAUCGGUCGGAAAAAGUUCAAUAUGGAUCCGAAAAAAGGCAUCGAAUACCUGUGCGAAAAUCAUUUACUGCGAAUGGAUGCUCAGGAUAUUGCACAUUUUCUGUACAAAGGCGAAGGACUGAAUAAGACGGCCAUCGGUGACUAUUUGGGCGAAAAAAGUGACUUCAAUGAACAGGUGCUAAAGGCUUUUGUCGAACUACACGAUUUCACGAAUCUGAUACUGGUGCAGGCUCUACGGCAGUUCCUGUGGUCAUUUCGAUUGCCAGGAGAAGCACAAAAGAUUGACCGAAUGAUGGAGUGUUUUGCUCAACGAUAUUGUCAACUAAACCCAGACAUAUUCACCAACACAGACACAUGCUAUGUGCUCAGUUUUGCCAUCAUCAUGCUGAACACAUCGCUGCACAAUCCAUCGGUGAAGGACAAACCGAGCGUUGACCAAUUCAUAUCAAUGAAUCGUGGCAUAAACAACGGCGGUGAUUUACCACGUGAAUUAUUGGUAUCACUGUAUGAAUCGAUCCGAACCGAACCAUUCAAAAUACCACAAGACGAUGGAAACGACUUGAUGCACACAUUCUUCAAUCCAGACAAAGAGGGAUGGCUAUGGAAACAGGGUGGCAGAUACAAAUCCUGGAAGCGAAGAUGGUUCAUAUUGAACGACAAUUGCCUGUACUAUUUCGAAUAUACAACCGACAAAGAGCCCAGAGGUAUUAUUCCAUUGGAGAAUAUUCGAGUGCGUGAGAUUCAGGAUCGUAGUAAACCACACUGCUUCGAAUUGUACGCAUGUGGUGGUGCCGAUAUAAUCAAAGCAUGCAAAACGGAUUCAGAGGGUAAAGUUGUUGAGGGUAAACAUUCCGUGUAUCGAAUGUCAGCGGCAACCGAUGAAGACAAACAAGAAUGGAUCAAAUGCUUAACGCAAUCGAUUUCACAUAAUCCAUUCUACGAUAUUCUGGUGCAAAGAAAGAAGAAAGCACUCACUAGCAGCUAAUAAGAAAGAAAGUGUAACAUAUCGAACCAAUGUAUUUUCAACAUUCACACCUACCUAAUGAAGUGGUUGAGACGAGGACGAGAACGAGGUCGAUACACUUUUUAUCAAAUACUAUCGAAAAUCAAAACAAAACAACAGCCACAACAUAAAUCAUCCAUAUAUUUGUGCCAGAAAAAUGACAUUUCCCAAGAAGAAAAAAAUGUGUUCCUUUCACUGCUUAUCGGUAACUUAAGACAAGACAGAAAUGGGUAUUAUCGAUUCCCUAAAACAAUUCCUCCGAAUAGAACGAUUAGUGUUAUACGAUAAACUAUAAAUUAUUAAGCAUCUACUACAUUACACAACAAUUUAACUGAGAUUUUACGUACAAAACCGAAUAUCGCAUGUUUUUUCUAGAAUGAAAUUAUCAAUUCUUAUAUAGUUUAGACCAUUUGACAAUUUUUUUUUUUGCCAAGUCCAUCAAUCCAGAUCGAUCGACUUACACAUUCAUCCUCAUUGUUCACACAUUUCAUUCUGUUUCAUAUAUUAAUAUGUUUUAAUCAUUCAAAUCGUUUCGUGAUAAUGUAAUUUACACACAUAGAUCAAAUUUUAUGUUAUGUGACGAUGAUAUCGUUUCGAUAUUCAUUUGUUUCAUUGAAAUUAUCCAAUAAUGCACUCAUUGACCCCACACAGACUGGGUGGGUGCAGAAAUAACGUUUUGUUCUCGUGAAUUUAGAAGAAAAAAAUUGCAACUAAUGUUUAAUGAAAUUUUUUUUAGACAAAAGAAAAAAAAUACAAAAUAACACAAACACACAAAAGAAUAGUUAAGACGGAAAUCUUUAUUAUCUAAACUAUUUACAUAUGUUUUUAUUUACAUGAAUUAUAAAUAAUUGUCUUGAUUUUAUGGAAUGAACAGUAUUUUGCAAGAGAAACACAAAAAAAAACAAAGAGAUUUAGAUAGAAAUACAAAAAAAAUGGUUGACAAGUAUUUUAUGAAAAGAAAAAGACUGUCUUUUUUCCGAAUCAUGAAAAAGUGAAAUUAACAAAAGCGAAGAAAAAAAUACUGUGCAUAGCUAAAACAACGCGAACAACGCGAAAAAAAUAACAAACAGAACGAAUUUUAACCAGUACACAAAUUGAAAACGAAAACAAAAAUUAAUUACAAAUUAUGCAAGUUUUUUUUUUUGUUCUUUCUCUCUAUAUAAUUUUUCUCAUCACUUUUUUGUAUAUUCCCUUAAAACAUUUCCAACGGAUUACUGACCCAGUUUUUGUUCGUUUUUAAUUUUUUUUUUUUUUUCAACUAAAUUAAUUGAAUUUUUUUUUCCUGUUUAAAAUCACUUUUGUGAUUUUUGAUGGAAAAGCUAAGAAGAAAUAGAAAAAAAAGAAUUGCUAAAAAUAAAUUAGACCUAUACACUAUCGACGAAUAAAUAAAUAAAUAAAUUAGUUCACAAAAUAAAUCAAUAAAUAACUUGUAAAUAUAAAAUUUAUGAAAAUAAAAUAAAUAAAUAAAUAAAUAAAUAUUGGGCCAUCGCUA